CUCCGUUAGUACAGAAGCCGAGCAACAGUUGAAACGAAUGCUUCGCUGCGCGCGCGACGUUCAUUCCGCCUAAUUAAUUAAUUGUGAACGAAAGAAACAGCGAAGUGGAAAUAUGCCCGCUCGAGUGUAUGCGUGUGUGCGUGCGGGAGCGUAAGCAGAGAUUAUAAUUAUGAUGGUGCGCGGCCAACUCCCAAAAUGAGAACAAAUUAACGACAGCAGCAAAGUGCAAAUAACAACAACAAGAGAGCAAUUAUAAAUUGUGCAAUAAAUUAUGUUUAUUAAGUGCAAGUCAGAAGAGGAGAAUGCAAAUGUUGUCGGCAAAUUGAAAAUUCAACUACGUGUUGCUUGAAAUUCGUAAAUCGUUUUUAGUAUUGUUUUUGUUUUCAAUUUCGCGCAACGAGUUCGUUGCGUUUUCUUUUUUAUUUCUUUUCGCGCAAACGAAAGUGUAUAGAAGUAUAUGCAUGUGUGUGUGUGAUUAAUAGCGUGUUAGUGUUAGUGGUAAAAGUUAAAAGCAACAACAGUAACAACAACCAUUCAAGAUGACUGUGUGGAGCGAUUGCAAUGCUAAGCAGUCAUUUGGCAUUGCCAAAUGCAAUUUUGAUCAGGACACGAAGCCACAUCGCCUCAACUUGGAUGUCGGCGACGCUCUCAUCAUACUCAAAGAGACCACACAUUGGUACUACGGCUACAAACAAAAGGCAAAGGAAACACGCGGCAUCUUUCCCAAGAGCUAUGUGCAUCUGUGUGAAUACAGCAUAGUGAAUGGGGAGUAUUGCAUACAGCGAACCGAUAUCGUCGAGGAGAUCACAAAAGUGAUGCUCGAGUGGGGCGGCAUUGCCAAAAAUUACUUUCUGAGCACAAAUCCAAACUUUCAGAAGAUACGACGCAAGAUGAAUGAGCUGAGCAUCAAUCGAACAGCGUUGAUCUCGGGAAAUCUUCCGCUCGACGAGAUGCGCAAGGUGAAGCUGCAGGCGACGGCACAAAUUGACACCGGCAAUCGAUUGCUCGGUCUCGAUAUGGUUGUGAGGGACGAGAGUGGUGAUAUACUGGACACAAAUGCCAUCUGCACUACUGAGUUGUAUGAGAAUCACAUGAAUGCAGUACAGCGCAUUGAGAAGGCAAAUCGUCUUUCAAGUGAUCGCGACUCGCUGCGUGGCCACAACAAAUACUCACACAACAUUCUGCUGCAUGUGAAUGCGUUUGUGUGCAAGUUCCAGGAGGAUUCGGACCUGCUCUUCACGCUCUUCGAUGGCGAGACACACAAACCCAUCAGCGAGAACUAUGUGGUGAAAUGGUCACGCACAGGAAUCGCUCGUGAUGUUGAUCAGUUCGAUAAUAUUCGUGUGCUGUUCACCGAUCUCAGUCGCAGUGAUCUGAGCAUCUCGAAGAUGUAUCUGGUGUGCUAUGCCAUACGCAUUGGCACCAUGGAAGUGAAGGAUUCAACAGACUCGAAGCGCACCAGCAUGAGUAUUGCCAACAGUGUGCUCACAGCUGCCAGUCGCAAGCAUUCGCAAUUGUCUGUGAAUUCGAAUGGCUCCUCAAGCAGCACUGGAGAGUACAUUAUGCGACGUCCUUUUGGGGUGGCCUGCAAGGAUCUGACGCCCAUCAUCAGCAAGCCAGAGGACUUUCGCGGCAACCUCGACUUGCCGUUCAUUAUGUGCGAAAAGGACACUUUGGAUGGCACGCUGCGCAAGCUGAUUGCCAACAAGGAUAUUGGCAAGAUUGAAUCAAAGAUGGCAGUCACCUUUGAGGUGCUGCGUGGCGACAUUAAACAGAUCAAGGAGGACUUUCCACGACUGGUGCACACUAAUGUGCCAGUGGCACGCAAGAUGGGCUUCCCCGAAGUCAUCUUGCCGGGCGAUGUGCGCAACGAUCUCUAUUUGACCAUUUGCAGCGGCGAGUUUGCACGCAUUGCCAAGACCUCGGAGAAGAAUGUCGAGGUCACAGUCUGCGUGGCCAACGAGCAGGGUCAACUGGUGCCUGGUGUGAUGAGCAUUGGCGCCGGACAUCCGCCCAUCGAUGAGUACAAAUCGGUGGUUUACUAUCACGACGACAAGCCCAAGUGGCAGGAGACGUUCAAGAUUCAUGUGCCCAUCGAAGAGUUCAAGCAAUGUCAUCUGCGCUUUACGCUCAAGCAUCGCAGCAGCAACGAGCAAAAGGAUCGCUCCGAGAAGCCCUUUGGCCUCGCCUAUGUGCGUCUUAUGCAGUCGAAUGGCACAACAAUACCCCAGGGACAGCAUGUGCUCGCCGUCUAUAAGAUUGAUCACAAGAAAUACGACAAAACCGUGGCCAAUUGCUACAUGGAGCUGCCGGCGACAACAGCUGAGCUGCAAGGCACCAAACCAUCGGUUGGCGGAUUGAGCUUGCUGCCCAAGGAUCAGCUGAGCAUCUGCGUCAAUCUGUGCAGCACAAAGCUGACACAGAGCGUGAGUCUGCUGGGUUUGCUGCAUUGGUCGGCGCACAAGGAGCGGCUGGAGCAGUCUCUGAAUGCCUUGUCGGAUGUGCCCGGCGAGGAGGUGGUCAAAUUUCUGCAGGACAUACUCGAUGCGCUCUUCAACAUACUCGUGGAGAAUGAGGAGCCCGAGAAGUACGAUCAGCUCGUCUUCAUGAGCAUUAUUCAUCUGAUUGAAACGGUGUCUGAUCUAAAGUAUCAACACUUUCUCACCGUGCUUGAUGUCUACAUCAACGAAAGCUUCUCCGCUACCUUGGCUUAUACUAAACUUAUGGAUGUGCUGAUGCGGAAUAUACGCGAUGCUAUUACGCCGUGUGAAAAGUCUGCCGAUGGCAUUGAGCUGGAGGAAAGUCCCGCAGUGCGUCGUCUCUAUAAGACAACACGCUAUUUGCACUAUGUCAUGAAGUUUGUCAUCCGAUCUCGCGUGUUAUAUGCGGCCAUGAAUUGCAAUGCGGAUUACGUGGACUUUGCUACGCGUUUGCAGGAGCUGCUCAAAAUGUUCGUCGACAUGAUUGGAUGUCCCAGCAAUCUGCUAAAGUCCGAAGGUGCCUUGCUCAAGAAUCUGCACACAGUGGCCACGGAUUUGAUGGAGGUGUUCGAUGAAGUGCAUCUUAGCAUUUCGAUUGUGGAGAUACUGGAAAAGUUCCCGAAACGUCGUCUGACGCAAUCAAAGAUGGGUUGCAUCAAGGACUUUGUGGAGACGAAGCUGUUCAGCUCACCCAAGUGCCGUGCCAUAUUGUUGCCGGUAUUCUGCAAGCACAUCAAGGAUCAUCUUCAGAGCAACGAUGAGAUUGCCGAGUGCAUCAACAUUAUGAACAACAUCCUCAAGCUGCUCUAUCGCUCCGACGUGGGACCCACGCACAACGAUGUGCGCGACAUUAUGAUCAUUCUGCUGCGGCAGGUGAUGAAGGCGGCGCAUGCUUUGGAUCGAGAUACAGGCGUCGUGGGACAGUUUAUAGCCAUUAUGCUGGGCAUAUUGCAGCGCAUGGAUGCCCAGCAUUACAAAUACUUCGUCAACGAUCUGCAUCAACAGGGCGAACUCAAGGACUUUAUUAUCGAAAUCCUGUUGGUGUUUGAGGAGCUCGUUUCACCCCAUCAGAAGGCUGUGUUUCCACGCGACUGGAUGGACAUGAUCAUGCAUCAGAAUACCGUUAUACUGGGUGCACUGCAGCAGCUGAGCAUGGUCAUCACUGACUACUUCCUCUGUCCGGUGUUUGACAAACAGAUCUGGUCGAAUUUCUUCCAGUGCUCGAUUGCUUUCCUGGUUCAAUCUCCACUGCAGUUGAACGACUUCAAUGACAACAAGCGACAGAUAGUGUUUGCCCGUUAUCGAGAUAUACGCAAGGAUACCGCCAAGGAGAUACGCAAGAUGUGGUUCCAGCUGGGCAAGCACAAGCCCAAGUUUGUGCCACAACUGGUGGAGCCCAUACUGGAGAUGAGCAUGAUACCCGAAACGGAGUUAAGGCGUGAAACGAUUCCCAUCUUCUUUGACAUGAUGCAGUGCGAGUAUUACAGCUCCCGACUGGAGCUGGAGAGUUAUGGCGACACCAAACACAACAACGCUCAUCACAAGGGCAACUUUAGCGAGUUCAAGACGGCCAUGAUCGAGAAGCUUGACAUACUCAUUGGAGCAGGCAAAGGUGAUCAGGAGUACAAGGAGUUGUUCCAGAAGAUCAUGCUGGAGUAUUGCGCCGCACACAACACGCUCAAUGUGGAUGGCACCAGCUUUGUGGCCAUGGUGACGAAGCUGAUGGACAAACUGCUCGAGUAUCGCUGCAUCAUUCAGGACGAGAGCAAGGAGAAUCGCAUGGCCUGCACUUUCUCGUUGCUGCAGUUCUACUCCGAGGUGGAUCUCAAGGAGAUGUACAUACGCUACGUCUACAAACUGUGCGCUCUGCACAUGGAAUUCGAGAACUACACGGAGGCCGCAUUCACGCUCAAGCUGCACACGGAAUUGCUGCGCUGGAAUGAUACGGAAUUGUCACCGCAGUUGCGCAGUUAUCGUCACAGCAACUGUCGCACGCACCGGGAGCUGAAAGAGGCGCUCUACUUUGAGAUCAUGGACUACUUUGACAAGGGCAAGCAAUGGGAAUGUGCCAUCGAUAUGUGCAAGGUGCUCGCCCAGCAGUACGAAGAGGAGAUCUAUGACUACAUUAAGCUGGCGGAGCUGUUGAAGCGAAUGGCGCAGUUCUUUGAAAAGAUCCUUAAGGAAUUGCGACACACUUCCGAAUACUUUAGAGUCUGUUUUUAUGGCUGCGGUUUUCCACGUCUGCUACAGAACAAAGUCUACAUUUUCCGUGGCAAGGAAUACGAGCGUCUCAGCGACUUUUGCUCCCGAAUGCUGGUGCAGCAUCCGCAGGCGGAGCUCAUGCAAACGCUGGAGGCACCAGGCGAGGAUAUAACGCAUGGCGAUGGGCAGUUCAUACAAGUCAACAAGGUGGAGCCCAUCAUGGAUGCCGCAUUCUCCAAGUUCAACGAGAAGAUCAUCUCGAACGAGAUCGUCAAGUACUUCACUUCAAACAAUGUGCAAAAGUUCCAAUUCUCGCGACCAUUCCGCGACAGCACCGGUGGCGGUGGCAUGGAUGAUGUGAGGAACCUUUGGUUGGAGCGCACCGAGCUCAUCACGCAGUUCCCACUGCCGGGCAUUUUGCGCUGGUUCCCUGUUGUGGAUGCGCACACUUUCAAGAUAUCGCCACUCGAACAUGCUGUGGAGAUCAUGAAGGAGACCAACAAGGACAUUCGACAGCUGGUCAUAUUGCAUCAAAGCGACGAGAGUCUGACCAUUAAUCAGUUGACCAUGAAACUUAAUGGCAUUGUCGAUCCCGCUGUUAUGGGCGGCUUUGCGAAGUAUGAGGAAGCUUUUCUCACCGAGGAAUAUGUAGAGCAGCAUCCCGAUGACAAGGAUCUGGUUGAGGAGCUCAAGGAAUUGAUUGCUUUGCAGAUACCACUGCUGAAAAUUGCAAUUCGCCUGCAUCGACAGAAAGCGCCGGAUAGCUUGAAGGCACUGCACGAUCAUUUGGAAGGCUGCUUUGCAGACAUGCAACAGCAUGUGGAGUCACGCUACGGUCGCAAGACCUGCGACUUGAAGAUUGAACGCGAUUCGGUGAUCAUGCGACGCACAAACUCCUUUUUGCCGGCGCUCUUCGACAGCGGCAAUAAUCGAUUGUCGGAGACCAGCAUGGGAUCCUCCGACAGCGGUCUGUCGAAGUCCACGUUUCUACCGCGUCCGCCUACAAACUCCAUCAAAUCCACGCUGGCGAGCUUAAGUUUCAAUACAAACACCAAAGGCACCAAGCACAAGGACAAAACUCCCGCUAAGCGACGUUCCAUGAAGCAGCCUCGUGACGCUUUGAGUUUGCCUGUGACUAACAGCCAAUGGUACACGCCGCCUCUGACCACCAUCACCUCGACACCAGAGAAGGAAAUUAAUACCUCCAUUAAUUCGCUGGCCAGUGCUUCGAACACCUCAUUGAGUGGACCUAAAACACCCGAUCCGCGUGUGCUAACCGAGGAGCUGACACCCAAGCGGCCGCUGCGUUCGGAAAAGGAAAAAGAACGACGUUUAUCGAGGCCAGCGAGCAUUGCCACGCCCACGGCCAGCAUCAAGACAUUUGCCGACACACGCUCCCUCUCCGAGAGCAGCAAUCGCAACUCAGUUGAAACCACCGAUUCUACUUCAGAGGAGGACAUUCGACCACCGCCUUUGCCUGCCAAGACACGCGACUCAACGGACUUUAGCAGCCUGUCGCAUAGUUUGGACUGGAAUCCAAGUAACUACACAAUGUUGAAUGUGCUGAGCAGCAAUACGAGCACGACCAGCAGCAGCAUCAGCACCACAACGCUGACAAAGACCAGUAUUACAAACACCACGUACGAGUAUUUGGAGGCCACGAACUUUAGCGUGCAGACACCAGAUGCCAACAAACCGCGUCCGCCAACGCCGCCGCCGAAGCCAUCGCGGCACAGCAAACACAUUCCAUGAGCGAAGGACGAAAAAAGGAACAGCAGGAGCAGCUGCUGCUGCCAUAUAAAUGAAACAGAAACGAAACAAAACUUAAUUGUUGUCGAGUGCCAAAUAUUCCCUGUUACUACAUAUAUAGCACUAAUCAAAGUGAGAUAUCAUGCACAACAAACACAAUCAAACAAAACACACACACAACAUUUGCCUCACAUGACCGACUACCAAAUAGAUAAACGGCAUCAGUGUCUUAACAAAUCAAAAAACGAUCGCAAUAGAUGUGUAAGCGCUAACGAAAAGAAAAGCUGACGAAAUCUAUGUAAAUCUUAAAUGUUUAUUCAAAUUGUGUUACAAUGUUUAAAUAAGUUGAAAUGAUAUUAUGUUGAACAUGUCGUCAUUUUCGUUUUAGUUCAUAAACAAUACACUAAUUAUAAUACUAAUUCUAUAUACAUUUAUUAUAUGUAAAUCAAUACGAUAUACUCUUAUACGCACUCUUAUACGUCUUGUCUUCCGCAAGUCUCUUUGUAUUAUGCAAUUUAUUAACUAUUAAGUACGUUUCUUAUGCAAACAAGUGCCACAAUUUACAACAAAACAAA